AUGGACAGUGACCAAGAGUCAUCAGAAUGUCCAUUGUGUUUGGAAGUACUCGAAGCUGAUGAUUUGAAUUUCUUUCCAUGUACAUGUUGUUAUCAAAUAUGUCGAUUUUGUUGGCAUCGUAUUCGAACAGAUGAAAAUGGAUUAUGUCCUGCUUGUCGAAAACCAUACAGUGAAAAUCCGGCACAAUUUAAACCACUAACUGAUGAAGAAAUUCAACAAGUAAAACGUGAUAGAAAAUUAAAAGAAUCUAAUAAGAAACCAAAAAUCACUGAAAGUCGAAAGCAUUUGGCAAAUCUUCGAGUCGUUCAACGUAAUCUUGUAUUUGUCAAUGGUCUUCCAUCACGUUUAGCUGAUACUGAAUUAUUAAGACGAAAUGAUCAUUUUGGUAAAUAUGGUAAAAUAGUUAAAUUAGUUACAUCACCAGCACAUAAUGGACAAUUAAAUUCUAUAUGUGUCUAUAUAACAUAUUCACGUUCAGACGAAGCAUUACGUGCCAUACAAGCACUUUGUAAUUAUCAUGUUGAUGGUCGAACAUUGAAAGCCACACUAGGUACAACUAAAUAUUGUAGUCGAUAUUUAAAAGGUGCAUCAUGUCAAAAAGCAGAUUGUCUAUACUUACAUGAACCAGGUGAUCCAUUAGCUAGUUUUACUAAAGAACAAAUGCAACAAGGUCUUCAUCUUGAAUAUGAAAGAAAACUUAUGGAACAGUAUACAAAUAAAACUGCAUCCGGGCAAGCAAAUACUACACCAAAGACUGGACGAACUAUGACAAAUGGUAAUAAAAAUGAUUCACCACAACGAAGAAAACAUGCUAAUCAAGCAUCAUCACUAUUACCUACCACAAAUUCUGCAAUAACAACAAAUGGACAUUCAGAUUUAGAAUCAGGUGAUGAAAUACAUCAUCAUUCAUUAAAUGGAUAUAAUACAGAAGCAUUUAACAGUGCAACUGCCAUAAAUGUUGAUUCUGAUACCACAUCCACAUCAUCUCAAACAUCAUCUGAACAUGAACCACAAAUAGCACCAUCAACAAUUCAAACACAAACAUAUAAUAAUAUAUCUCCAACAACAACUUGGCCAGAAGAACGAACAUCUUUUUAUGCAACUAAUAAUCUCGCAUCAUCUCAAGCACCACUACCACAACUACCACCACCACCACCACCGCCGCCACCACCAUCAUCCACAACAACAACAUCAAAAUCCCUAUCUCAAACAUCAACAUCUAUGAAUGUUCCUGUCACAGCUAUUUUAUGUUCACCAAAAAAUACUAAUAAUAAUCUAUUAACAGAAUCAACUAAUAAUAAUACAGUGAAAAAUUUUGAUCAAGUACCUGAAUAUAAAUUAUUUAGUUCAAAUAUUCCAUCUAUACAUAAUCUUUUCUUUGGCAAUAAUGAAAAUGGCCAACAAUCUCAUCGACCAUUAAUUAAUGGAGUAGAUCAUGAUGUGAGAGAAAUUGAAAAAAGAUUAAUGGAAAAUGGUCUUAAUAAUGGUGAUACAUCUUAUUCUCAAACACAAGAAAAUGAUGAGCUUGGUUUUGAUCCAUGUAGUUUAUUUAUGUCUGCACUUGCAUCUGAUAUUGAAGAUGAACGACGACCAUUACCAUCCGCACUAUCAUAUCGUCCGACAACUAAUUCAUAUAAUUAUUCGUCACAAUAUACACCGUCAACGAAUCCAUCUAUUGGACAGAUAAAUCCAGCUUGGUUAAUGCAACAACAACAUUAUCAAACAUACCAUGAUCAACAACAACAGCAACAGCAGCAGCAGCAACAAACAACGCUACAUAGUAAUGGUACAACACCACAAAAACAACCACAACAACAGCAGCAACAACAGCAACAACAACGAUAUCCUAUACCAUUCAAUGGAUCAUCACCAAGACAAUUGUGGAAUGGCAAUCAACAACAAUCACAAUAUGUACCACAAAUAUCAACGCGUUUAGAUUUUACAAAUCAAAUUCAACAACGACUUCCACCAAGACAAUCAUCAUCACCAUCACCACAAUAUUCUCAGUCAAUCAGUAAUAAUAAUAAUAACAAUAACAACAAUACUUAUUCUUCUAAUAGUACAGUGACCACAAAUAAUCUAUCAAAUGAUCGAUGGAUGAAUUUACCAUGGACAGAUCCAGCUAUAAUAUCAUUCGGGAAUAAACUUGAUACAACAUCAUCACCACAAUGGUCCACAACUACGCAAUCACAAGGAUCUUCCACAUUAUCCUCAGGAAAUAAUCUCAUACCAACACCUCGUUGGUCACAGCAACAGCAGCAACAACAACAACAGCAGCAGCAGCAAUCGACACAAUCCCAAUCACAUAUGAUUACCAAUGGAAUUUAUUCACCAUAUUCAACAACAUCAGGUGUCGAUAGUGGAAAUCGUUCUUAA